AUGGAGCACCUUCAAAUCAAUGACAAUGGGCCUGCUGCCUUGUCAAUUGAGCAGAUGCCUGAUGAGAUUAUCGGCCACGUUCUUUAUUAUCUCUCACCCGAAGACAACUUAUCCGGCGUCCAGCUCGUGUCGCGUCGCUUCUACCGUCUUGCCAAUGAACCGCUUCUCUGGAAGUAUCACUGCCGCACUUCUAUCAAAUAUUGGAGUCCACACCACAGGUUUCAAAAGAGGCUAGCAGCUCAGGUUCAAAGGACUCUCUGGAAAUGGCUUUAUAUCCGCAGGAGUGGCGUCAACAAACAAGUAUCCAGAACUUUGGAUGAAAUUAUUCGAACCAAGGUCCACCGUGGCCGAGGCUUUGAAACUAUAAGUCGGCUCGGCUAUGAUGCCAAGGAUGUUCUCUUGGAAAACUGCCAAGCACCCACCACUGCUGACGAUUGGAUAGCGAGAAGGGUCCUAGAUGCGGUUCAUAAGCACGCGGCCAUUGAAGAAUGGGAUUCAAUCGCGCAGUCCUCUGAACCGUGGGAGUUGCGUCUCAAAACCCGGCAGCUUGAAAGGGCUCUCGGUGCAUUCGAUCUUUUCGUCCUACAUGACCAACCUGGUGAUCUUGAUGAUAUUGCGCGGAUGCUUGAUGAUAUUGCCGCUUCUUUUCGGCUCAGCCAUGGAGGGUUUCUCAAUUAUUCAACUCGAAAAAAGGCCCUGACAUUGGUCCGCUGGCUUCGCGCUCGCAAUCUCACGGGGUUGAAUGAUCCACAUAACGAUUACCGCAACUUGAGAAAUUGCCUUAUUGGUCAAGCCUUGCGCGAUCCGGACCAUGAUUCUCUUCCUAUCGUCUCUGCAGCCAUAUUUUGCUGUGUGGCAGCACGACUCGGGAUCGAUGCUAGCUCUUGCUCAUUUCCAUCUCAUGUACAUGCCAUCAUAUCUGCACCGACUGGUUAUACCUUGGACGGGGACCUUGCUGGCGAAUCAGAUCCUUCGUCUCAGCGAAUGUUUCUCGAUCCAUAUGGUAGCGACGAUGAAGUCCGAUUUGCUCACCUUGAAUCGAUUCUGGGCCAGCUAGGCUUUGCAGAGCAUACCGUACAGUUCACCACCCCGGUUCCUGCUUCAAGAAUGGCAAUAAGAGUGGCACACAACAUUUCGGCUUCUUUGGGGAUACCAAAUAUGCACGAUCGGCUAGCACCUAGAGCAAUCCAGCUCCUGAACGGAAAUAGCCAUACGAAUGCUACGGCCUGCUCGUACGCUGCAUCGUGGGCAAUGCUGAUAUUAAAUCGCCCAGACCGGACGACUUGGCUUGACCGGUUGGAGAAAUUUCUAAAACGAUUCCCCGAUGUCUACCCAGAAGACGCCUGGCUGGUUGAGAAAUAUCUGUGGCCACGGUUCUGUGAAGUUAUCAGUACCCCGCGAGAUGGAUUCCGCCGCCACCACACCCGCCCUGGUGGCCCUAUCAACCCCUGGCAUUUUUGGCAAGGUAUGCGUGAUCUCGAUGGUAUACCGCCGCCUGUAUACCGAAGGGAUCGCUGCAAUAACCGGAGCGGCCCCGGGCUUCAAAUUGGCCAAGUGUUCCGGCAUCGUCGAUAUGGGUGGCUUGGCGUCAUUACCAGCUGGGAUGAGAGGAAAUCAUCGCGAUCGAACUACUUUGACCUCAGUCUCGAGGACCCAGCAGAUGGUCCGCCUAUUCCACCCGGCACUUCUCGCUAUGGGUUCUUUUAUAGCUGCAUAGCUGCUGCAGAGGCAGAACCGCAUAUUGUAUCUGCUCGUAACAUCGACACCAUCUCUGAUUCUACUUUAGUUACGGAAGACAUGUUCCCUACGGCCGGGAAAUAUUUCAAAAGAUUUGAUGCCGCUGCCUGCAAGUUUGUUUCUAACAUCCGAGAGGAGUUUCCACAGGAUUAG